GGACGUUGUUUCCCUGACGGACACGCUACGGAAGCCGGCCUGGCCCACCCCGGAAGCGGAGGCCGCUCGCCGAGCCGCGGCCGCUGCUGGAUGCCCUUGCCGUCCCUGCGCGCCCCUCCCUCGGCUUGGGCCUGGGCCUGCGCCGCCGCUGAGGCCGGCGGAGGAGAAGGAGGAGGAGGAGGCAGCGGCGGGAGGCCCCCGAGGCCUCUGCGGGAGGCGGAAUGUGGCGGGCGCGCCGGGCCUGUGAGGUCUGCCAAAGCUUGGCAAUCACAGGCUAUGCGGUAAGAGGGACUCUGGCACUGCCCAGGCUGCACCUCAUUUCCCGAGGCCUUCACCACCCACGUCCUCCCACGGCAAGGCCUCUGAGGCCUCCGCUCCGGGCCUCCUGUCAACCGUUUUCAUCCCUCAGUCACCUCCCUCUCCGAAGAUGGAAGCUCUCUCCGGCAAAGCCCAGCUACCAGCCACGGAGGCACUUCUGGCCGGCCCGCCUCGCGGCCAGGCUCCUCCGGCUCCGUUACCUGCUCUUGGGGUCGGCGGUUGGUGGCGGCUACACAGCCAAGAAGACCUUUGAUCAGUGGAAGGACAUGAUGCCUGACCUCAGUGACUACAAGUGGAUUGUGCCAGACUUUGUGUGGCAGCUGGACGAGUACAUCGAUUGGGAGAAGUUUAGUAAGACCCUUCCGGACUCAGAGACCCUGGCAAAGCUGAUUCCGGACUUGGACAAGCUGGCGGGAAGCUUCAGUCUGCUCAAGGACUUGUUCUCCACAGGUCACAAAUGGGUUAGUGAAGUCGUAGGAGCUUCUGACCUCCUUCUGUCGUUAGGUACCUCGGGAGAAACAGCAUUUCGGGCGACCGAUGCAUCUGAAAGCGACAAGCAGUUCAAGAAGGGUCUGCUCGGUGAGCUCAUUAUCUUACAACAGCAAAUUCAAGAACACGAAGAGGAAGCCCGCAGAGCAGCUGGCCAGUAUAACGCAGGCUAUUCCCAGCAGAAGCGCAAGGUGACAGACAAGGAGAAAGUGGAACAACUUCAGGAAGAGCUCCUUCGAACGCAGCUGAAAUAUCAGAGAAUUUUGGAACGUUUAGAGAAGGAGAACAAAGAACUGAGAAAAUUAGUGCUGCAGAGAGACGACAAAGGCAUCCACCAUAGACACCUAAAGAAAUCUCUCAUCGACAUGUAUUCUGAAGUCCUCGACGUUCUUUCUGACUAUGACGCCAGUUACAACACCCAAGACCAUCUGCCCCGGGUUGUCGUGGUGGGAGACCAGAGUGCUGGGAAGACCAGUGUCUUGGAGAUGAUCGCCCAGGCACGGAUAUUCCCUCGUGGCUCUGGGGAGAUGAUGACGCGUUCUCCAGUCAAGGUGACGCUCAGUGAAGGCCCUCACCACGUGGCCCUGUUUAAAGACAGUUCUCGGGAAUUCGACCUGACCAAAGAGGAAGAUCUCGCAGCCUUAAGACGGGAGAUCGAGCUCCGCAUGAGGAAGAAUGUGAAAGAAGGCUGCACCGUGAGCCCCGAGACGAUCUCUCUGAAUGUCAGAGGACCAGGCCUGCAGAGGAUGGUCCUGGUGGACUUACCCGGGGUCAUUAACACGGUGACGUCAGGCAUGGCUCCCGACACCAAAGAGACCAUCUUCAGUAUCAGCAAAGCCUACAUGCAGAACCCCAACGCCAUCAUCCUCUGUAUUCAAGAUGGGUCUGUGGACGCCGAGCGCAGCAUCGUUACUGACCUGGUCAGCCAGAUGGACCCUCAUGGGAGAAGGACGAUCUUUGUGCUGACCAAAGUCGACUUGGCAGAGAAGAACGUGGCCAGCCCCAGCAGGAUUCAGCAGAUAAUUGAAGGCAAGCUUUUCCCGAUGAAGGCUCUGGGCUACUUUGCUGUCGUCACAGGGAAAGGAAACAGCUCCGAAAGCAUUGAGGCCAUCAGGGAUUAUGAAGAGGAGUUCUUUCAAAAUUCAAAGCUCUUAAAGACGAGCAUGUUGAAGGCUCACCAAGUGACGACCAGGAACCUCAGCCUCGCGGUGUCCGACUGCUUUUGGAAGAUGGUGCGCGAGUCCGUGGAGCAGCAGGCCGACUCUUUCAAAGCUACGCGUUUUAACCUUGAAACCGAAUGGAAGAAUAACUUUCCCCGUUUGCGAGAACUUGACCGGAAUGAACUCUUUGAGAAAGCCAAGAAUGAAAUACUCGAUGAAGUGAUCAGUCUGAGCCAGGUGACGCCAAAGCAUUGGGAGGAGAUUCUGCAGCAGAUGUUGUGGGAGAGAGUGUCGACCCACGUGAUUGAGAACAUCUACCUUCCUGCUGCCCAGACCAUGAAUUCGGGGACUUUUAACACAACGGUGGACAUCAAGCUGAAGCAGUGGACUGACAAACAGCUGCCCACCAAAGCAGUCGAGGUGGCUUGGGAGACCCUGCAGGAAGAGUUUUCUCGUUUCAUGACUGAGCCGAAAGGAAAAGAGCAUGAUGAUAUCUUUGACAAGCUCAAGCAGGCGGUGAAAGAAGAAAGCAUCAAGCGGCACAAGUGGAACGACUUUGCCGAGGACAGCUUGAGAGUCAUCCAGCACAACGCCCUGGAGGACCGCUCCAUCACGGACAAGCAGCAGUGGGACGCGGCCAUCUUUUUCAUGGAGGAAGCCCUCCGUGGACGGCUCAAGGACACGGAAACUGUCCUUGAAAACAUGGUGGGGCCGGACUGGAAAAAGAGGUGGCUGUACUGGAUGGGCCGGAGCCAAGAACAGUCUGUUCACAACGAAACAAAAAAUGAAUUGGAAAAGAUGUUGAAAUGUAACGAGGAACACCCGGCCUACCUUGCCAGUGACGAAAUCACCACAGUCCGCAAGAACCUGGAGUCUCGAGGAGUUGAAGUGGACCCAUGUUUGAUCAAGGACACGUGGCACCAGGUUUAUAGAAGACAUUUCUUGAAAACAGCCCUGAGCCAUUGCAAUCUUUGUCGACGAGGCUUUUAUUACUACCAGAGGCAUUUUGUGGACUCCGAGUUAGAGUGCAAUGACGUCGUCCUCUUUUGGCGCAUCCAGCGCAUGCUGUCCAUCACGGCCAACACCUUGCGGCAGCAGCUCACCAACACGGAAGUCCGGCGGUUGGAGAAGAACGUCAAAGAGGUGUUGGAAGACUUUGCCGAAGACGGCGAGAAGAAGGUGAAACUGCUCACGGGGAAGAGGGUCCAGCUGGCAGAAGACCUCAAAAAAGUGAGAGAAAUUCAAGAAAAACUAGAAGCUUUCAUUGAAGCCCUCCAUCAGGAGAAGUAAAGAAUAGAAUCCCUCCCAACAACAACUGUCUGAGUACAGUGAACAAAGAAAAUGCUUCUGUCUUUGGUCCAGGAUUUCUCCUCGCAGAGUCCCCACAUGUGGAAACACGCAUUGUCCAGGACACAAGUAAUUUAUUCUUGGUGGAGCCUCUUUAGUAACGACACCCCAUAUUUAUGUUAUUGAAGUGACAGACCGGGAGAUGACAGUGACUACAGCAUCACGUUUGGUUCUUACCUUCUGUUUUUUAGUGUUACUCCCUGGGGCACAGUUCUUCUAAUGCAGAGACUGGUUUUACCUAAUAACCAUUUCUUUUCCAGAAAAUAUUGCUGAGUGUUUAAAAUAAAAACCUGGAGCAGCACUGUCAUUUGUAUAUAAAAUAAUCCUACCCCCCAAAAGUCAUCAUUUGGAUGUUUGAUAUUCUGUCAGAGGAUUUGUGAAUUGCCCCAAUUCGGUUUAAACUCGCCACAUGAAAGGGAACGGUCUUUGGCUGGACAUGGUGAGCAUGAAUAAUUCCAGUAUCCUUGGAGUUUGAGUUUAUGAUCAUGUGAGGAGACGGUGUCUGUGGCCAUUUGGGGCCACCUUCGAGCGUAGCUUGGGAAUAGCUGUCCCCUGGACUCAGUGCUUGCCAGACUUCUGUCUGCCCAGAGGGAAGUCCUUGACUUCUUGCAUGGCCGGCAAGCAGUGGAAAUGGUUGAGUGAUCAGUUGGCCGCUGUCAUUUGUGCCAGUCAAGAUAUGCGUGCAAAUCAUCAGCAGGAGAGGGAUUUCCUUCUUUUAAGAGGUGCCCAAGAGCCCUUGAUUGCUAGUAUAUGUGCACACCUACAUGUACGUACCCACCCAUAUGUGCAGAGAUCGGUUUAAAGGCACAGUUUAGGGGCAGGUAGUGACAGGAACAGAGUACCCAGCCUCCCUCGGCCAAGCUCACGGUGUGCCCCACUGAGUCUGGGCCCCUCCUCUGAAAUCAUAGGGGCUUUCUCCUAUGGUUCAUUUCUCUCAACAUUCAGCUCCAUAUUUUUGGCUUCUAAGAAAAACUCUCUUUAUGACAAGCUGCUUCUUCCAGUCCUAGCCUAGGAACUCAAGAUUCAGAGCAUUCCUGACCACUUGAGUCAGUCUUUCUCAGGACUUGGGGCCUGAUGUGGACUUUGGAAGAGGGUCCUCACCAGGUUCAUAGAGUUUGUGAAACCUGGAUUCUGGCAAAGGACCCAACUCGUGUGUUUUCUGUUUGUGUUGGUUCCAGAGCGUUUCAGCCUUCACGGAGGUCAGGAGGAGAGGGAGAUCAGAUCUUCCCUAGGUCAGGAGGAGGGGGAACGUGCACCCACCCUGUGUCUGGGGGAACGCUCCUCAUUAGUCAUUAUGUGGAUUUGGGGACUGUCCUGGUGGCAUUUACCCCAGGUCACCUGAGUGGAGAAGUAUAUUCAGCAGAAAAGGGAGAUGGCGAUAAGCCUGCUGCACCAAGUGUCAGCAGAGAUGCCUCCCCAGGCUGGAGGAAGUCCCUGUUCCCAUCCCACCCCUUCUGUGUGUUUGUUAGCCCAGGAUCUAACUGGAACAUAGGUAAGCACCGAUUGCCGACGGGCUCCUGAUGCAGGCCAGACAGAUUUCUACAAAUGAAGCCGGUUCAUUCGUGCAUUGUGGUGUUUCUUUAUAACCCAUCUCAGGCUAAGUGUGAUUUUUUUUUAAAGGGAUGUAGAAACUUAGAUAUUUAUUGAAUGCAGAUGUAACUGAAGGAGAAAGUUAGCUUCCAUUCGAACCCCUAAAGCCUGGUGUGUUGUGUCUCUGGCCUAAAAAGUAGACUUUUUAGACAUGUCGAUAAAUCCAGGUCCAGUUUUGAGGAUCCCAAAGCGUCGUUACAACGUCGUUAUCCAAACAAAGCCAAAUAAGAAGUCCGAGAACAAAACCCUUGGGCCAGAUGUGGAUUUUUUAAAAUCAGGAUCCUUGGGCCAAACUCAGGAAGGGAGAUCCUUCCUGUUGAGCUGUUGGAUAAACUGUGCCUUAGUGAGAGGUGGCACAGCCAGCCCCUCGGCAUCACACCCAUUUGUUCAGCACUGCUCUUAAUGGGAAACUCAAAUCCCCCCCCCCCCCCCAGCUGAAAGUUUGGUGUCUAAAUCACAGUGGGAUCGAUUUAAAUCAACAAAGCUCCAGAAUGUGUGGGGGACUUUUAAUUUGUAGUUUAGGAAUUCUCCCUGUGAAGGUGGGGCUGGAGGAGCCACCUUUUUCAGUCAUUAGUUUUAAAUAUAAGCAUGGUUAUUUGGGAUCGGAAAUAUAGCAUUAACUUCUCCAGGGAAAGAGGCUGAGUCUGGUUCUGUCUUCUGCUAACGGCAGGGGGUGGGGGGGGGAGUGAGUGAUUUCUAUCCCUGUGCCCCAUCUAUUCCAGGCUAACGUCUACCACUGAGAACAGUUAGCAUGUUCAUAAAUGGGGUAUCUGUGUACUUGUGUUGGCAAAAUGAAGAUCUUUGAGUGGCCCACGUGGAUGAAAGGAUGAAAGCCCUGGGCAAUCAACACAUGCAAACCUCGUUCUGAUGCAGGCACGUCAGGCUGGGUCCUGGGCUUGCCAGGACUGGACUCUUGUCAUGAAAGUAGAAGGGCCGGGUUAAGCCAUGUUACUGUUAUCUGUGCCAUAGGUAAAUCAAGAGAACCCUGAUGGGAGGAGGCUUCUCAGUGGUUCCCUGCAGUCAACAGUAGCUCCGAAGCUCUCUGCGCAUUGUGCACGGCCACACCGCACGCAGGCUUUUACCUGCAAGAGUUAAAUGAGGAAAUGGAAGUCCCUUAAGAGCAGGAGACUUUCCCAUGCCCUGCAGUUUUGUGCAGGAGUUUUGAGGAGAAUGGGCGCCUCUGAGAGGAUCCUAUAGACGCCCAUUUUCAUUCUGGAGGGCAAAUGCCAAGGAAGGGGAGGGACACACCCAGGUUGGGUUCUCUGCUGGACAGUAGCUUUGGGACUCUGGGCAAGUUCUCAAGAGGCUUCUGUUUUCCCCUUGAUUAAGAAUGAAAUCUGUGGCCUUUGAAGUCCCUGACAGCUCUAACCAUUCAGAGUAUUUAUUGGAAAUUCACCCAGGAAUUAAUCUAAAUGCCUCUAGGAAGUUUGGGGAAGUCAACAGGGUUAACAGCAUCUUAUUUUUCCCUCUCAUGUCAGAGUAUGAUUGUCAUAUGGGGGGCAGCCUGGCGUGAUGGGUAUUAAUAAAAAGCCAGGAAAACCCGGAUUCCAGUCCCAAUGCCGGCCCAUACUGGCUGUGGGGCUGGCCCAAGCAGCUUUCUAGGUUAGAAGGUGCCCACCUGUAUGCGUCCUGGGAGCUUCUUGAUUGUCCCACAAGCCACUUUAGUGAAUCCUUAGGAAUGCACUUCAACUUCAUUGAGCUGCUUUCCUCUUAUUGUAUGAAAAUUCAUGAAUUAGAUUAAGAAUCUAUUGUCUGAAAGGCUGUGUUUCUUUCAUCAAACCACAUGGCAGCCCCACCAAGCGUGUGUGGUAUGUAUAUAAUGUUCAUGCUGCAUAUAUGUGCAUUGUACAUUAUUAAGUGUGUGCGUGUGCACGCGCACAUGUGAAGGCUAAGGCUGCCUCGGCUGGGGCCAUGGCAAAGGCCACAUCAUGCUUCGCACGAAUUAGACAAGUGCACAAGUUCUCCAAGUUUGGAGAAGAGUUAAAAGCAAAGCUUCAAAAACAUACAAGGCUAGAAAACCGGGACAAUUAGAGAAAAGGAAGACGCCCACAGCAGUCUGCGAACAAGAGAAUUUAAAACAAGCUCGGUGAGUUGGGUCUUAUUCGUGUCAGGCCACCGGAGAUGGAGGGCAUCGCCCUGGAGGUGCUUCCGUGCCACUGGACGAGACACAGACGUGGAAAUUUAUUUCAGAGUCGUGCACAGCCACUGGCGGGGGAGGGGGGCAGCAGAACAGUCCCCCUAGACAAGUGUUAAAUUGAAUCAUAAGCCACUGGGCUAAAUUUGGCCACUGCUGACUUGGACAACUGAGGGAGAUUCUGCCCUGUCCCUCUCUAUAGAGACCCCUGUAAGAUACAUUCUAUACCUUCAGGAAUGUCUGUAGCUUUGAGCUGAGGUUGCUCAGACGGUAGCUUGGGAGCCCUCGCACCAUCGUGUUGAUAGCAUCACAAUGUCUGUACAUUUUGUUUCUGGCAUGAAGAAGUUGUGUAUUUAAUAAAAUAAGACAUUUCAUGGC